CUUUGUUGGCUCAGUAGCAGUAGCAGCGGCCGUGGAGGUAGCGCUGGGGACUGUUUUCCUUCGGAGGCCAGAGCGGAGCCGUGUCUGACUGAGGCGGGCGGCAAGCGGCCCCCUCGCUCCCUCCCUCCCUCCUCCGCGCCCUCCCCGCCGCCGCCAGCCGCCUACCGCCGCGCCCGGGGAGGAGCCGCGGCCCGCGGGGCCGGAGCCAGGCCUGCGUCCGGACAUCAGCCGGAGCCGGAGCGAGAGCCGGGGCCUCGGCGUCCCCGCCCUCUCCCCGCCUCAGGGGCCAGCGUCCGCCGGGCCCCCGCGCGUCGCGCCAUGGACUCGGACGAGGGCUACAACUACGAGUUCGACGAGGACGAAGAGUGCAGUGAGGAGGACAGCGGCGCCGAGGAGGAGGAGGACGAGGACGACGACGAGCCGGACGAUGAUAACCUGGAUCUGGGCGAGGUGGAGCUGGUGGAGCCCGGGCUGGGCGUCGGCGGGGAGCGGGACGGACUGCUGUGCGGGGAGACGGGCGGCGGCGGCGGCAGCGCUCUGGGGCCGGGCGGUGGUGGCGGUGGUGGCGGCGGCGGCGGCGGGCCGGGGCACGAGCAGGAGGAGGAUUACCGCUACGAGGUGCUCACGGCCGAGCAGAUUCUGCAACACAUGGUGGAAUGUAUCCGGGAGGUCAACGAGGUCAUCCAGAAUCCAGCAACUAUCACAAGAAUACUCCUUAGCCACUUCAAUUGGGAUAAAGAGAAGCUAAUGGAAAGGUACUUUGAUGGAAACCUGGAGAAGCUCUUUGCUGAGUGUCAUGUAAUUAAUCCAAGUAAAAAGUCUCGAACACGCCAGAUGAAUACAAGGUCAUCAGCACAGGAUAUGCCUUGUCAGAUCUGCUACUUGAACUACCCUAACUCGUAUUUCACUGGCCUUGAAUGUGGACAUAAGUUUUGUAUGCAGUGCUGGAGCGAAUAUUUAACUACCAAAAUAAUGGAAGAAGGCAUGGGACAGACUAUUUCGUGUCCUGCUCAUGGUUGUGAUAUCUUAGUGGAUGACAACACAGUUAUGCGCCUGAUCACAGAUUCAAAAGUUAAAUUAAAGUAUCAGCAUUUAAUAACAAAUAGCUUUGUAGAGUGCAAUCGACUGUUAAAGUGGUGUCCUGCCCCAGAUUGCCACCAUGUUGUUAAAGUCCAAUAUCCUGAUGCUAAACCUGUUCGCUGCAAAUGUGGGCGCCAGUUUUGCUUUAACUGUGGAGAAAAUUGGCAUGACCCUGUUAAAUGUAAGUGGUUGAAGAAGUGGAUUAAAAAGUGUGAUGAUGACAGUGAAACCUCUAAUUGGAUUGCAGCCAACACAAAGGAAUGUCCCAAAUGCCAUGUCACAAUUGAGAAGGAUGGCGGUUGUAAUCACAUGGUCUGUCGUAACCAGAACUGUAAAGCAGAGUUUUGCUGGGUGUGUCUUGGCCCUUGGGAACCACAUGGAUCUGCCUGGUACAACUGUAACCGCUAUAAUGAGGAUGAUGCAAAGGCAGCAAGAGAUGCUCAGGAGCGAUCUAGGGCAGCCCUUCAGAGGUACCUGUUCUACUGUAAUCGCUAUAUGAACCACAUGCAGAGUCUACGCUUUGAGCACAAACUAUAUGCUCAGGUGAAGCAGAAAAUGGAAGAGAUGCAACAGCACAACAUGUCCUGGAUUGAGGUGCAGUUCCUGAAGAAAGCAGUUGAUGUCCUCUGCCAGUGUCGUGCCACACUCAUGUACACUUAUGUCUUCGCUUUCUACCUCAAAAAGAAUAACCAGUCCAUUAUCUUUGAGAAUAACCAAGCAGAUCUAGAGAAUGCCACAGAGGUGCUCUCGGGCUACCUUGAACGAGAUAUUUCCCAAGACUCUCUACAGGAUAUAAAGCAGAAAGUACAAGAUAAGUACAGAUACUGUGAGAGUCGACGAAGGGUUUUGUUACAGCAUGUGCAUGAAGGCUAUGAAAAAGAUCUGUGGGAGUACAUUGAGGACUGAGAAUGGCCCUGCAUAAAAUGAACUCUGAAAACUUUAUCGUCUAGAGUGCUC